AUGCGAUAUGCUUUGCUUGUCACUGGCCCUGCUGGUGCAGGAAAAUCGACGUUUUGCACGUCCCUGCUCACUCACCUCCAAGCAUCUAAACGGACUGGCCAUCUCGUGAACUUGGAUCCUGCGGCGGAAUCAGAAAGCUUCGAGUACAAACCGAGCAUCGACAUCCGAGACUUGAUCACGCUCGAGGACGUGAUGGAAGAGCUCGGAUAUGGACCGAAUGGCGGCCUGGUGUACUGCUUCGAGUACCUGCUGCAGAACAUAGAUUGGCUUCAAGAAGAACUUGGAGAAUAUGCAGACGACUACCUCAUUAUUGAUUGCCCUGGACAGAUCGAGCUCUAUACGCACCAUCCGUUCCUUCCUACCCUCUCCCGAGAGUUAUCCCGUCUUGGGCUCAGGACGUGUGCGGUGUACUUGCUUGAAUCUCAGUUUAUGGAAGAUCGGUACAAGUUCUUCGCCGGCGUCUUAUCUGCCAUGUCCGCCAUGGUCAAUCUCGAAAUACCAUUCAUCAAUAUCAUGUCCAAGAUGGACCUAGUCUCCUCAACCUCCGAAGAUCCGGCUAAAGGGAGGAACGGCAUCCGUGCUCGCCGGGAUAUAGCACGGUAUCUCGACCCAGACCCGCUCCUCCUUGCCACCACGUCGGGACGCGAACCCAAUCCCCGCAAUCCGCGUUUCCAUGCGCUGAACCAGGCGAUUGUGCAGCUUAUUGAGGACCAUCCCCUGGUGUCUUUCUUACCGCUGGACCUCAGUUCGACAGACUCGCUAGAGACUGUACUCAGUCACAUCGACUACACUAUGCAGUAUGGUGAGGACGAGGAACCCAAAGAACCUCGGGAUCUUGAUGAAGGAGACUUCGCCGAGAUUUAACACGACCCUCGCCGUUCAGUGGUGGCGAGACAGGUAUGGCUAAUGUCCAUCCUGAACCACUAGGCGCCCGCGGAACAACAUAGGUUACAGCCCCUGUCUCCAUCCUUGGGCCAAGUCUAGCGUGAUCCGGCCCGAGUACUCAAGAGCCGGAUAUGGAUCAUGACUGGCAAACAGGUGCUCGCAACUUCGCCGCUCAGUCAGAGAUCUCCCUUCGAUCCCGCUCUAUGGCCCGGUGGCAUAGAUGUUUCGUGUCGUACUUUAAGGAAGCUACACCUUUUUAGAGCUGAUUGAUAGUACCAGCAAC